AUGUCCAAAGUGGAUGAGGAGCACAGCUCAGCUACAUCAGAAACCAAUGACACAUUUCCCCCGCCGACAUUCUUCCAGAGAUGGAAGACUCAUAUGAAGAAAUGGUGGUGGCUGUAUCUGAUCGUCUUUUGCAUUGUCGUCCUGAUCACUGUUUUGCCAAUAGUCUACGUGGGAGUCCCUCAUUUCGCCAAUAAGUACAUCAACGAUUACGAAUUCGACUACUCCGGUUUGACCAUCACCGACCUGACGCCGAAUUCCUUACAUAUUAGCCAAUCCCAGAAACUCCAUAUCGGAGGGAGUUUUCGAGGCAGUGGACAUCUCGAUCCUUUCAAUGCCUCUCUUAGCAUUCCUGGGUCAGAUACGAGCUUCGCUACCCUCCCCAUCCCUCAAAUCAGCUUCAGCGAUAGCGCCGUGCUCAACCUGGACCAAGUUCUGAACUUGUCCUGUGUCAGCUGUUUCUCGGAAUUGGCCACUAAAGCUAUUUCCAACAAGGAGUUUGGCAUCUUGCUCACAGGGAAGCCCGAUCUGAAGGUAAACGCGCUACCGACAGCACAUCUUGACUUCCAUAAGACCAUGACUAUGCAGGGUUACGAUGCGCAGGAGUUCCUCAACCUAAACGGUGCAUUCAACAUCACCGAUCUGCGUAUCAUAAGCCCUCGUGAACAGGGAUAUAACAUAAACGCCACAAUUGCCUUCCGAAAUCCGACCCGAUUUACCGUGGAGAUGGGCACCGUCAGCUUCAAUCUCUCGAUGGGCAACACUCCCCUCGGCUACAUCGACAUUCCGAACCUUACUCUACAACAAAAUCACACCAACGCCGACGUUCUAGGGAACAUCAACAUGUCCAGUAUCAUUAAUCAAGGGAUAUGGGCAAGUAGUAAUUCAGACUUCGGCAACGUGACUAUCGAUCUGCAUGGCAAUCGUUGCGUAUACAAUGGCCAGGAAAUCCCGUACUUCACUGCGGCUUUUCGGGCUCUAAAUGCGUCGAUCCAGAUUGAUCUGUUGAAAUACGCUAAGUAUAUACUGUGA